CUUCGGAUCGCCAACUCCGCCCACGACCGCCCUCACCCCCAGCCCGCACACAAACGAGCGAUCUGACGAUACUGUACACCGCGUCAGCUACACGAAGCUCGUACACUCCACGUUCUCCCUCUCUCCUCUGUCCUCCCCAACCCCGCACACGGCCGCGCCCAUCACCUUGAAAAGAUUCAAGAGACACGCUCUCUAGAUCUCGCAUCGCACGGCCCCGCAUCUCUCUUCCCCCCCCCUUCCUCCCCCUACCCCAGCCUCAGCCCUCAACGGCUUCCCACAGCGUCCUCCUAGGCGCAGCGCGCACCUAACUCUCUUUGAUGCGUGCUUGGAGAUAGAGCAUGCCCUCAACAACAGGCGACACCGUCGCUACGCCGCGUGUCUACGGCCCGGCUCGGCCUUCUCGUCCUCUCUCCCUCCCCGCCGCAUCCCAUGUUGCGCGCGGAGCCACAGCUCCGACUUCGACAGCGCUCAUACACCGCGCGCAGCAUGAAGCAGCUACCGUCUUCCCCGCCUCCAUAGCAAACCUCAUUAGCGCCCUCGCCACUAGCGCCCGCCUCAGCUUGCGCGUCACGGCAUUCUUCAUCGAGGUCAUCCUGGAGGGAUCGCAGUAUAGCACGCGCGUGGGGCUUGGCUACACUCGCCGGGUGCUCAUCUCCGCCAUUUCGAGCGCGCGCCGUGUCUACCUCGCCUCUAAUGCUGCGCUAGAUGGCGAUCUUCUGGCUGCCGUCGGGCUGGCUGACAACACGGGCAAAGGCCCAAGCACAGACGCCUUCCUCAACGUCCUCGACCGCUGGACCAACCUCGGCAUCUAUGUCAUUCACCACACGUUCACCCUCGCAGAGUUGUUCGCCAUGAGCGGCUUUUACCUCACCGCCAACACCGUGCAGGGAGCAAGCUUCGCCGCGCACGAAAGUGUGACCUUGUUUGACAGCCUAUUCGGUUCCAACGAGAGCUCGCGCGCGCUCAGCAGUAUCAUCACACUUGUCCGCCGCGAACUGCUCGAGGACCCUCGCUUCAAAGCUGCCGAGCACGGCAAGGUCGCCACUCUGACUGCCCUCACAAAGGCCCUGACCGCCUUUGCGUGCUUGCAAAACGCAACCUGGCACAGCACGGCCAAGAGACUCAAGAUGAAAGUUCUUUACGACUGCACUGUGUUGAUGUCGUCAGACGAGUCCUUCUCGGCGGCGAAGCAGGAACCCCUGCCCCUGCCCGAGAUUGACGCCCCUGGUCCGACAGCAACACUUUCGCGCCGCUCGACACGCCAGCAGUUGCCGCCGGCCAUUGAAGAGGCGCAUGAUGCCGACGGGGAUGUCAACAUGAACCAUGUGCCCAAUGUUGGUGCACCAGCCCCUGUCAGGUCCCGCAUGUCACGCUCCUCUCGCACCACCGCCCGGUCCCUCGGCCCGACCCCGGACGACAACAAAGGAGCUGAUCUCGAACUCCUCCUUCAGCUAGAGGGAUUGGCCAGCGCAGACGAAGGCGAUGACGAUGAGCCACCGGCACCGGUCAAGCCGAAGACUCCCAUGGACUCGCCUGAGAAGUCUCGUCGCCGCCAGCUCAAGCGCGUCCACACUGAUACGUACGAGAUCACCGACGAAUUCUCCGAGUCUAUGGUGGUCACCCAAACGCUGGAGCGUCUGGCCCCCAGCCCGCCAGAGCGCGAGCGUCUGCUCCCGCGCAGCAGCACGGUUAACAUUCCCGACGUGCUGGUCGAGGCUGUCGAUGAGGAUGUCGAGAUGUCGGACCAGUCGGACAACUUCCGGCCUCCAGCGACCCCCAUGCAGACGCCGGUUGUCGAGGAAGACGAGACUGAGUGGAUAGAGGUGGACCACCUGCUCGACGAGCCCAACUCGGCCACUUCGGCCCUCGUCCCCUCUGUCCCUUCGGACCAGAGUGGCUUCUCGGAAGGGCCGUCGCCGAGUGGCAGUUCGGAUCGCAUCCAGCUUGUGCUGCGUACCAUGACCAACAAGCUGCUGCAGCAUCGCCGCACCGUGCGGCGCGUGAAGAGAAUGUCGCCGUCCCAGUCGCCUUCGCCACCGCCCGGCAAGCGCGAGCGCGAGCGCGAGAGAAGUCACUCGCCUUUUGCCUCGGCCGCCGCUGAGCCUGUCGUUGCACCUAUUGCCGUGACGCGGGAUAACAGUAGAGCCGACGUGCGCAGCAUAGACUGGGGCCGCGCUGCUGAAGCCGGCCCAAGUAGUGGCAGAUCAAGCACGCCGCGCGGCUCGCCCCAGAAGCGUCGCGCGGACGCCACGCCGCCACCGCCUCCGUCUAGUCCCGAGAAGAGGUCUGCCUCGCUGUCCAAAGGCAAGGGCAAGGCCAAGAUGGGGCGUCGCUCGCUGGCAGCCCUGCGCGAUGCCGCAAACUUCCGUGCCACGGUGCGCAACAAGAAGCCUCAACCGUUCCCUGAGCGCGAGGAGGAGGCUGGUCCAUCGGAACCCAUUAGUAUCUCGGUCCGUCAGACGCUCCGCCCGGCUACGACGGUUGAGUCGCCUCCGCCGUCUCCGACAACUGUUCGCGGACCGGCACCUCCGCCGUCCACGCCGUUUGGGCCGCGUAGAAUCAACCGCGGCUCGAUGCACGGGUCGAUGCGCACGCGGUCCAGCCGUAUCCAGGCGUCGAGCUCGCAGAUCUUCUCCAUCGGUCAGCGCGACACAGCCGCCAACCUCUUCCCGCACGAGCCGCUCAUCAAGAACAUUCACCGCUUCAUGCGCUACUCGUCGGCUGCGUACGGGCAGAACUUCCUGCGCAUCUUCGGGCUUGGCAAUGCCGAUUUCAACUUCCCCACGACGGGACGACACCAUGCCAACAGUUGGGCUUUCGCUCAGCAUACAAACAUUCAAAUCGACGCGCUGUUGCUGUCUUCGUUCACCGAGUCGGAGGCGUACUCGCCGGCAUUCGCGCAGGAGAAGGCGCCACCUCUGGUGCACUACGUCGCUGCUGAGCACGAGCUGCAGGCGAUUGUGCUCACGUGUCGCGGGACGCUCGGGCUGUCGGACGUGCUCGUUGAUCUUACGUGCGACUACCGCGAGAUCAGUGUCGAGGGUGGCGACCCGGACGGCGCAUACUUUGUCCACUCUGGCAUGUAUGACUCGGCGGUCAAGCUCACCGACAAGCACAGCAGAGUGCACCAGACGCUGCUGGAUGCGCUCGAGCAGUAUCCAACGUACGGCCUCGUGCUGUGCGGACACUCGCUCGGUGGUGGCGUUGCUGCCCUCCUCGCUAUCAAUUCGGCUGUGCCUGCCGAGACUUUCAUGGCUCAGAAUGCUGCGCGCGAACGACCUGUGCGCCACCCGCGCAUCACUACGCCGUUCGUGACUGGCUUCUCGUCCGGCCUUCCCCCUGGCCGUCCGAUUCAUUGCUAUGCGUACGGCAUUCCCGCGGUGGCUUCGCCCGAUCUGGCGCGCCACUCGGAGGGCCUCAUCACGAGCAUCAUCCAGAACGCGGACGUCGUCCCGACUCUCUCCCUCGGUGUGCUGCGCGACCUGCGCAACAUUGCCGUCACGCUGUUUGAGGAGCGCGGCGUGGCGGAGGAGAUUGUCGCGCGCGUCAUGGGUCUGAAGCGCGGCGCGUCCGAUGAGGCGCAGGCCGACUGGCUCAUGUCGCUCAUCAAGACGAUGCGUGCCGACAUGGACAACGACAAACUGUACCCGCCCGGCAGCGUGUACAUCAUGGAAUACUUUGACGUGUUCGUCACGGUUGACCAGGCGGGCCCCGCAAGCCACUCGAGCAGCAAGCAGCAGGCGCAGAGAGUGAUCCUGCGGCAGUGCGACAGCGUCGAGGAGCGCUUCCGCGAGCCGCUGUUCUCGAAGACGAUGCUCAAUGAUCAUCUGCCGAGCCACUACGAGCGGAGCACGCAGCUGCUGUACGAAGGGCUUGGGCAGGGGCUGCUUUAGUUUAGCUUCCGCAAAAUACCGGUCAGCCGACCACCAGACAACCCAAAACAAGACGAGGAAUGAACGGGGCACAUACAUGUUGUGGAGGGAAGCGCGCGAGGAGUGUUGUUGCAUCAUGUUGUAGACGAUAUGCAUUGCUUUCGACCGA